AUGGCAGGCUUCGACGUUAUCUGCUUCAUCCAGUUGAUGUGCGCACAGACACUACAGGAGCUCGCAAAGCUGAGUGACCAGCCUUUGAACCUCCCGGAAAUGCCCAGCAUCGUGACGACUGGCGAGCGCCUGUACGAGACCAACCUUCGCGGCAUACUAAGAUAUCUCAAGCAAGUCCACAAGGCGUGCAAGAGGCAAGGACUUGUCAACGCCGCCGUCGAGGUCCUCGCACACCGAGCGACGGUCAAGCAAUUCCACGAUGUCAACGACUGGGUUGUCGACCUCCUCAUGACCCUGGAGGUGCCGGUAGGCGUGAAAGGGCUCGUCGGCGGAGACAUUACUGCUCAAGACCUUCGUGACUACCUGAACGGUGUCCGUCCUCAAAUCCUUCACGACUCUAGCCGUGCAGAUAUAUCUACUCCCAGUCCGCUCUCGACUACGGAGGAUCCACUCACAGAUGCAAAAGUCGUUGCUCGAAGUCCAGACGUACGUGAAAUCUAUCUUCUCCCUGGAAUUGAAUAG